AUGUGGGAAGUGGAAAAAGCGGACACUGGCCGGAAACGUGCACCGCCCGUCAAAGUGUUGUCCGGCCAGCUGAGAGCGGCAGGGGCCCGGGGCGCCGCCAUUGACGGGGAGGGGUGUGUGAUCAGAGCCGGGCCGGGCCGCUCCCUGCGGGUUUCGCUGGUGUGGAUGCAGGGGACUGUGCUGGAUGUCCAGCAGGAGAGAAACAGCGUGCUGCUGAUGGAUGAGACGGGGACGUUUACUGUUCAGGGCGUUAACGGUAUCCCCAGAGGAAAACCGUGUUUGGCCCAAGGCAAGUACGUCAUGGUGAUGGGAAUCAUCCAGGACCUUUCCCCGGAGCCGGUCAUCCGUGCGGUAAAGAUGGCCAACCUCUCAGCGCAGGCAGCACUUCACAGGCGAAUGUGGAAGCUGGAGGUGGAGGACCUGCAGCACAUGCUGGCUUUAACGUGA